AUGAAGGAGGAACGAGCCCUCGGCAUCGAGAAAGAUGACCAGUCUAAUGCUACCGGUAACAACCCCGAUGAGUUGCUCUCCAUCAUAGUUGAGAAAGGAGCGCCGACUCUUACUUCAGGCACGUCAGGUGCCACAUGUGUUGGGGUUCCCUUUGCCAAUGGCUCCCAAGAAAAGCUUAGCACUGCUGAUGGACCAGCGGAUGCUAUCACAACAGAAGGUGGUGAUGCCACUCAGCCAGCUUCCAGUAAAAUCAGUCAGCCUGACUUACGCGAGGUUGAUGUUGAUGAACUCGAGGUGGGGGUCCUGGUAAACCAAGAGCACCAAGAGCCCCAAGAACCCCCGGAAAUAACAAACAUGGCAGUUCCAACUCUUGGAAGAGGAGGGGCAAUCGAAACCCAACCUGGAGCUUUUGCUGCAUUUCCAGGUACCAGAGAGGUUCAUCAGGAUGCCGUUGAUUUUUCUCUCUUGGGUAGAGAUGUUCCUGAGGAAACCACCGCCACCGCUGCUGCUACAGGCGCUGCGAACCAGAAGCAACCACGCCUUUCAGAAGCUGUUCCAGUCGAUGAUAUUGAGGCAGGCAAUUUACCCGGUGCAAUUCCUGUGGACCAUGCUGCAAUGGAAGCAAAGAAGAGCGAACGAGAUGCACAGCUAAAACGACUUGGCAUGUUUGGACUGUUGGUGAUUCUGCUUGUAGUUAUCUUUACUGCAGUGAUAUCAUCAACUGUGUCUGAAAAGAACUCUUCUGCCAAGAGCCCAAUUGAUGUGAUGGCAGAAAAGGUGCCUACUGCACCUCCCUCUGCACCUCCCUCUGCCACCUCCUUGUCGCCAACUCCUGCACCAUCCUCUCUUUUCUCUUCUGAUGUGCUGCUCAACAGCACUAUUGAUGCCAUCCAACGCCCUCUGUCGGCUCAAGACUAG